AUGGCGGACGCUCUCUCAAUCGAGCAGAAUAAUAAGAUCCGAGUGGCACUUGGUCUGAAACCCCUUCCUGUCCCCGGCGCCAUCUCCAACAAUGUCAACGGCCCAGUCUUUAAACAGUCCAGAGACAGGGAUGACCCAGCCGAAGAACCAGCAAGCACGCUAGAAUCGCGACAGGCACAGGGCUAUGACAACUGGAAGAAACUGCAGGAUGAAGCAGCGGCGAAGAAGAAGCGCCAGGAGAAACUGGAUGCUAUCAAGCGGGCACGAGAAGCUGCUCAGAAACAUGUGAAGCUUGAGGGCAAGGGGCUUGGUGAGGUUGAUGAAGAGGAGGCUGCGCUAGAUACGAAAACUUGGUUGAUGCAGCAGAAGAAGAGACAGAAGAAGAUUGAGAAGGAACGUGCGAAGAGGCUUGCGGAGGAACUGGCGGAGCGGGAGAGGAUUGCGGAAUAUACUGCCAAGGACCUGACGGGUGUCCGCGUGGGCCAUGAGCUGGGAGAUUUUGAAGAGGGGAGUGAGCAGAUUCUUACACUUAAGGAUACGACGAUCGAUGAGAAUGAGGAAGAAGGGGAUGAGUUGGAGAAUGCUGAGUUACGAGAACAGGAACGGCUCCAGGAAAAGCUAACUUUGAAGAAGAAAAAGCCAGUUUAUGAUCCUAAUGAUUUUGAUGGGCUCGGUUCCGGUUCUAUUUUGGCACAAUAUGAUGAGGAGAUUGAGGGGAAGAAGCGGAAACGAUUUACACUGGAUGCCAAAGAUAUGACUGCGGAAGAACGGGAGGCGAAACGACAUGAUGUGACGUCCAAGCUGAAGGUGCAAGCUGUGAGCCUCGACAUCACGCCUGAAACUACCGCUGCCCCAUCUGACUACCAGGAAGCCACUGAGAUUAAAAUCAAGAAGCCAAAGAAGAAGACGAAAUCUACGAGGCGGAAGGCGGUGGAUGAAGAUGAUAUCUUCCCCGCCAUCGAAGCUACAGAUGCGGCUAAUGGAGGAGAUAAUAUGGAAGUGGAUUCGGGAGCCGUCACAAAUGGGCUUUCCACUCCAGCUCCGAACCGAUCAGGUAAGGAGAUAUCUUUCGUCGAUGAUGAGGAUUUACAAGCGUCACUGGCAGUCCAGAGACGAGCUGCGUUCAAAAAAAGGAAGAAGGUCCGCCCAGAAGAUAUCGCGAGACGGCUGAGAGAAGAUUCAGAACAGGAGCAGAAUGGAAUGGAUGUGGACAAGCCAGACUGGGAGGAUGACGGUCCUGGUCUGGUUAUAGAUGAAACGUCGGAAUUUGUCGCAAACCUACAGCGUCCAACGCUCCCAGAUCGCCAACAGCGCUCUGUCUCACGUCCCAAGGAAGCAUCGCCUGAAGGACAGGAAGCAAAUGAUGGCGAUACAGAUAUGGAACGGUCGUAUAAUGAAGUUGAGGAUGAGGAAGACCUCAAAGAACGCCUGAAGAGAAACGAGUCUACGCCCGCUGUCGAACUUACCGCUACUGGAUUGGAGGAGGAAUCGACGUUGGACAAGGGCCUGGGUUCUACACUUGCCAUGCUCAAACAACGUGGACUGGUCGUAGAAUCAAACGCAGGCGACUUGAAUUCCCUGCUCCGCGAGCGUCAACGAUUCCUACAAGAGAAACUUCGCCGCGAAGCAGAAGCCGAAAGACGCGCACGCCUCCAACGAGAACGCGACCGUACAUCUGGGAAACUGGACCGCAUGUCCGCUCGGGACCGGGAAGAAUAUGCACGACAAGAGAACAAGCAGCGCGACCAGCAGGAAUCGCGACAAAUGGCAGAGAUCUUCAACCGGGAGUACAAGCCGGAUGUGCAGCUGAAGUAUGUGGAUGAGUUUGGGCGGCUGAUGGAUCAGAAGGAGGCAUUUAAGCUCCUCUCCCACCAGUUCCAUGGCAAGGGAAGCGGGAAGAUGAAGACGGAGAAGCAUCUAAAGAAAAUCGAGGAGGAGAAGAAGCGCGAGGCAAUGAGUACGUUGGAUAGCAGUCAGCAUACGGGGAUGAAUAAUGCGAUGGGGGCGACGGCGAGGAGGAAUCGACAGGCGGGGGUUAGGCUUGGGUAA